AUGAAGCGUUUGAUAGAUAUAACUUUGUGUCUUGUUAAAGGAGGAAGGCCUUUUAGAGGUCAUGAUGAAGGAGAAAAAAGUAAUCAAAAGGGUUUAUUCAAAGAAAUAGUUAAUACUUUUGCUAAAUAUGAAAUAGUUUUGAAAGAACACUUUGAAAAUGGCCCAAAAAAUGCAAAAUAUACCAGUAAUAGAAUCCAAAACGACCUAAUUAGUUCCAUACAUAAUGUUCUUAUUAAAAAAGUAAAAGCAGAUUUACAAAAUGUAUAUGUUUCAAUCUUAGCCGAUGAAACUAGUGAUGUUGGUCAUCAUGAGCAACUUUCAAUCGUUAUACGAUAUUUUGAUGAUCAAAUGAAUAGACCUGUUGAAACUUUUCUCGAUUUAGUACGGUUAGUUUCUGUUAAUGCUGAAUCUAUAUUCACAGCUAUUAGUAAUAUUAUACAUUCCAAAUUUGGUAUAGGUUGGUCAUCAAUAAUUGCUGUGUGUUUUGAUGGGGCCUCUACAAUGUCUGGUAAUAUAGGUGGGGUACAAAGAAAAUUCAAAGAGAUGAAUGCAAACAUUUUGUAUGUACAUUGCUAUGCACACUGCUUAAAUUUGUCAUUAAUUAAUUCAAUCACAAGUAAUACAAGUAACAAAAAUCAAGUAGUAUUUAACUUUUUAGGAUCUGUUCAAUUUUUAUACUCUUUCAUUGAAGGCAGCCCUACUUGA